AUGAAGUAGAUAAGAAUGGGAAACAAAGUGCUUUCACGUAAAAUAGAAUCCAAUCUUUAACCUAAAGCAAGCAAAUAAUAAUGGUAGAAUGUUGGUAAAUAAGAAGAGAUCAUCUUAAAUUCAGAAGAACCAGAACAAUUUAUUGAAGAAGAAAUCAUUUAAAUCAAUCCAAAAACAGGAAAAUUAGAGAGGAAAAUUGUAAGAAAACCAUUAAAUAAUGAAGAAAUAGAUAAUUUAUAGAUGGGAUAAAACUUAGAAGAAGAUUUAGGAAAUGGUAAAUAAGUAAUUUCAAGGAAAAUUGUUUAAAAUGAUCAAUCAAAUUAAGCCUUGAAAUAACAAGGUUGGAUCAAAAAUAAUGAAGGAAAUAUGGAAAUCAAAUUUCAACCAGAACCUGUUAAAUAUGUUGAAGAAGAGAUAUUAGUUUAAGGUGAAGAUGGAGUUGUUUAAAGAAAACUAAUUAGAAGACCUUUCUUACCUUAAGAUAAUAAAUUAUAAACAGGAGCUGUGAUAGAAUAAGAUUUAAAUGGAAAUAAAGUAGUCUCAAGAAAGAUUGUAUCAAAUAAUAAACCAGUUGAUUCAACCUGGGUUUAAUUGAAUAAUGGAUAAUUAGAGAAAAUAGUUUCACAGGAAGAACCUGAAGCAUAUAUAGAAGAAGAAAUCAUCAUCAUAAAUCCGAAAACUUAGAAAUAAGAAAGGAAAAUUAAUCAGAAGACCUUUGACUCAAUCAGAAAGUAGGUGAAAUUGAGAGAAAAUCUUUAAGAAGGUGAUGGCACUAGAAAAGUGGUUGCUCGAAGAAUAGUGCGUCAUUGGUAAUCAAAAUAAGGAUAGAUGGAAAUUUAAUUAGCUUAGAAUGAACCUACUAAAUAUGUUGAGGAGGAAGUUCUUUGUUAUGGAGAAAAUGGAAUACAAAGAAAAUUAGUUAGGAGACCUUUAACAAAGGAAAAUUAAUAAAUGGGUAAUAACCUAAAUGAAGUUGAUAAGGAUGGAAAUAGAAUUUUAUCUAGAAAAAUAGUUGAUAAUUCUUAAUCAUUUAAUUAAGUUCAAAAGGAUUGGUAAAAAGGAUAAAAUGGUACUUUAGAAAAGAUAAUUUCAUAAGAAGAGCCUGAGCAAUAUAUUGAAGAAGAAAUAAUAAUAAUAAACCCAAAAACAGGUAAACAAGAGCGUAAAUUGGUUAGAAGACCUUAUGAAAAUGAUGAAGAAAUCGGAGAUUAAUUAAAUGAAUCAAUAGGUAAUAACUAAAAAGUUGUGGCUCGAAGAAUUGUACAAAAUGAUAGUUCUUUAAAUGAAUGGAAGAAAAAUUAGAAAACUGGAUAAUUAGAAAAACCAAAUAUAUUGAGGAAGAAAGUCUUAGUAAUGAAUGAAGAGACAGGAAAGAUGGAAAGAAAAUUAGUAAGAAAAUAGUAUUAACCUGGUUUGAAUGUAGGAAAUAAUAUAUAAGAAAAUGAUUCAAAUGGAAAUAAAAUUCUUGCAAGAAGAAUUGUUGAAAAUACUUCAUCAACUUAGUAAGUUGAGAAGGAAGGAUGGAAAAACAAUUAAGGAAAUUAUGAAAAAACCUUGUCAAUUCAUGAACCAACCAAAUUUAUAGAAGAAGAAGUUAUAAUUAUGAGACAAGGAGGAAAAUAAGAGAGGAAAAUUAUAAGAAGACCAUUAGAUGAAGAUGAGAAUAUAGAAGAAGGAGAACAACUUUUAGAAGAUUUAGGUGAAGGUUAUUAUGUAGUUUCUAGAAAGAUUGUUGAUAAUGACUUAUCUCUUACUUCUUCUAAGUGGAAGAAGAAUAAUGAUGGGAAUUAUGAAUAAUCAUUGGGAGUUGAACCAUCUUAGUAUAUUACAGAAGAAGUCUUAUAGGUUAAUAAUGAAACAGGAAUGAUGGAAAGAAAACUAGUAAGAAAGCCGUAUUUGGGAGGAAAAGUACAAGAAGGAGAUUCAUUAAAUGAAGUGGAUAAGAAUGGAAACAAAGUGCUUUCACGUAAAAUAGAAUCCAAUCUUUAACCUAAAGCAAGCAAAUAAUAAUGGUAGAAUGUUGGUAAAUAAGAAGAGAUCAUCUUAAAUUCAGAAGAACCAGAACAAUUUAUUGAAGAAGAAAUCAUUUAAAUCAAUCCAAAAACAGGAAAAUUAGAGAGGAAAAUUAAAUAGAUAAUUUAUAGAUGGGAUAAAACUUAGAAGAAGAUUUAGGAAAUGGUAAAUAAGUAAUUUCAAGGAAAAUUGUUUAAAAUGAUCAAUCAAAUUAAGCCUUGA